GUUAACGUGUGAAACCACAACCUAAACCAGGAAGCUGAGAGGUUACAAAGACGAGAGACGCUCAGACGGAGCAUCAGUCAGCCUGCAGGUGGGACGAGGCUAUCAACUAGAAGCUCCAGUGAUAUCAGUUACUUUUCAUAUUUAAUCAUUAUUUAAUUCAUCAAGACGAUGUGCGACUUCAAUCUGUCCGAUGCUUUAGACAGCUCAUCCGACUUAGAUCAGGUGAGCUGUGACAACAUGACGGAUGUUAAGGAUGAGACUUUCUUCAGACUCAACGAGGGACUGAACCUGGUGGUUUCCCAUGACUUCACCACCCUGCGGUCUUGCGCUUAUCUGCUGCUGGCCGUGAACAAGAUGAAAAAGGCCCUGACUCGCUGUGGCAGGGAGCUCAGAGAUGAAGAGCUCUGCAGCGCCAUCAUGGAGAGCCUGGUGACCGAAACCAUCGUCGCGGCGACCGAGAGCUCGUCCGCAGGAGUGAACAAAAUAUUCCUGCGUAUAAACAGCGAGGAUCGGUGCACUCUGUGUGACACCUCAAAGAAAGACGUCGUCACAUCGGGAGACUUAAAACUGCAGGCCAUCACUCUGAGUGGAGGAAACUGUGAACGCAAAGUGACAUUUAAACUGGCGAGGUACAUGACUUCCUCCUUCUCAUCUGGUCAAUCUGUCCUCCUGUCCAUCACCAACACCGACCUGCACAUUUCCUGCUCUAUGGAAGAUGGCAAAGCUGUGUUGAAGCUGGAGGAAUGCAAUGUGCAGAAUUUAAAAAAGAUCAGCGACGCUGGAAACAUGGACCGGUUCCUCUUCUACAAGUCAACCCAGGGAGUCUCUCUGAACACUUUUGAGUCCGUCAAGUAUCCCGGAUGGUUCAUCAGCACUUCCGGUGAGGACGAACGCCAGGCUGUUGAGAUGUGUACAGUGGAUGCCGAUAACCGUCUCAUGUGCUUCAAUAUAAACUAAAACGUUUUGCUAGUUGUACGGUUUGAAUGUAUCCAGAAUUAUGCUGAGGAUUUGAACCUUUAUUCUGCCUCUCCACUAGAUGGAGCCAUCGUCUGUGAUAACAAACUGUAAUGAGGUAGAUAUAGAUAGCUAAUAAUUCACUAAAAACAGUUUUUACUUUAUAUUAUUUUUACUCACUGACAAAAUGAUUUGUACAAUCCAAAUUGAUCUACUUUGGUAGAGAAAGCUGUAACAGGAUAUUCCUCAAAGCUACUGAUUAAUUUCCUUUAUUAUUGUUCAUUAAGUUCAAUGUAUUUCUUAUUUCUUCUUUUUUGAAUGCGUUAAAUUAAUUUGAAUAUUCUGUGUAUUUGUUUUCUGAUGUUGUAUUAUAGGAGUGUUUAUAAACUCUGGUUUUAAACCCAGUGUUUCCCUGAAGGAUAUGAAUGACACGCCUUUUUGCAAAUCAUACAUUAAACAUGAAAGAGUAAUUCGGUGUC